CAAUCAAUAAAUGACAAUAAAUAAAUCAAUUUAAAGAUGGUGAGGAAAUAAAAUAUUUACUAGUGUUAACUGCCAGUGGUGAAAAAAGAAAAAAACAAUAGCACCCCUGACCGCACUCCAACCUCAAAAGACCACCACUGGUCUUCGAAAUGAGAAACUACUCUUAAAACACAUUUGAACCUCACUUGUGUAGUGAUGGAUUAAGACAAUAUAACAAGGCAGGAUAAUAAAUAAUUAACUACAGUAUUUGUCUUGUAAUCAUGCUGUUGUUGUCACUAGAUAUGCGAUUAUGCACAAUGUACUGGUCAACACUCAUGUAGCGGUGUUCAAAAUUAUAAAGUUUAUAAAGUUUAUAAAUUAUAAAGUUAAAAGUUCAAUGAAUGUUGGUACAAUAAAUAUAACUUGGGGAAAAUGUGAAGAAACUUGUGUGCUUUCCCUUUAAGAAAAAAAGAGGUAUGUUUGAGCAUGUGCUGAACUGUGGACAUUGUCAUUAAAAAACUGCAAAACUACACUGAAUGUGUUUCUCACAGUUUGAUCCAAGGGUGCAAUACAAACAGAGCCCAUUAUCUGGUGGAUAAACUAGCUGUAUUUGUGCAGGCAGUGUAUUCGUAUGGAACAAAGAUUAAAUUCAACCAGUUUUGUUUGAUAUAAUGUGCUUAUUGUUAUUCUUCUUCCUUGUUAAAGUGGUUCAACAGGUUCUUUUUUUCUCCCCUCCAGCCUGAUUUUUGUAUUUCCAGCUAAGCUGAUAUGACACAUAGAAAGGUUUCAUCUAACACAGCAAGCCUUCACAAGUCUCUGAUCUGCUCAGUGCUGACAGCAGAGAGCAUGAGAGCCAUGACAGGACUUUUAAAUAAACACAGACAGAAUAAAAUGUACUUGACAAUUAUACUUAUUAUUUCUGGAGCAGCUUGCAUCAAUGCAGAAGCAGUUCACAAACUUUGUCAAAUCUAUGGAUGCUUUGACUCGAGUGAUACUCAGCUCUGUUUGACUUUGGAUGAUGAUGAAGUGUACUAUGCAGAUUUUAAAAAAGAUCAUAUUGUUUGGGACAGCAAAAUUCCAACAACUUUCCGUGCUGAAUGGGCUUAUAAAUAUGCACUAAUAUACAGAUAUAUGUGUAAAAGUGAUAUAAAAAGAUGGAAACAAGAUGAGACAGCUACAAGGACUAAACAAGCUCCAGAAACGAUCCUCUAUCCCAGAGAUAAAGUGAUAAAAGAUGAAGACAAUACCCUCACCUGCUUGAGCAACAACUUUUUUCCUCCUAAAAUCAACAUCAGGUGGACAAAGAACAAUAAAGAAGUAGCAGAGGAAGAUCCUUUCAUCAAAACUAUACCAAAUCCUGAUGGGACGUUUCAUGUUGUCUCCUACCUGAACUUUGUUCCAAAACAAGGAGACAUCUACAGCUGCAGCGUGGAGCAUGAAGCACUGGAGGAGCCUCAGACCAGGUUUUGGGAAUUUGAAACAGAUGAAAAAAUAAGUAGUGGUCCAGCUGUCUUCUGUGGACUUGGCAUCUCUCUUGGGCUUCUUGGAGUCGCUGCAGGAACUUUCUUUUUUGUAAAGGGAAACCAACGUCACAGGAUGCAGGACGGUGCUCAUUAAUCUAUAACAAUGAUUGUAUACAUUCGUCUCAAGAUCCUCGCUCAUCCCUUUCUUCUUCUUCACAAACCCGAUCUGCAGAACUAUUAUUUGUAAAACAGCUUUAAAAACAUUGGAAGUUUUGAACAUGCAGCUAUUCCUGGUUUCUGAUUUGUUCUGCCUUUAGUUGUAUUCUGUAUAUUCGUCUAUAGUUUUUCCAAAAUUAGAUGAUUAUGAAUGCCUGUAAUGCAAAUGUUCUUUGUCAGAGUUCAUGUAUCAUGUAAUAUGCAUAAAACCCAAUAAACAUU